AUGGUUUGUUUGGAAGCAGGCAAUAAUGAUGUAUUGGUUUCCACAGAAUGCAGCAGAUACUUUUUCUUUCAUAAUGGCACUUGCGUACAGGAUUGUCCUCGAGGUUUCUUUCAAAACACUCAGACCUUCACAUGCACUUCAUGCCAUCCUGAAUGCUCAGUGUGUGAUGGUCCAGACUCAGAUGACUGUGAAGGGUGCGCCAAUCCUUCUUUGAUUAUACACGAUGGGCAAUGUUUGAAAUUCUGUCCUGAAGGAACCUAUACUGACAAGGAAACUGAAGAGUGCCAGGAGUGUCAUAAAACAUGUCGGACCUGUGAAGGACCGGAUUCAACAGACUGCGUAUAUUGUCGAGAUGGGAUGAUAAAGAACAGACAGGGGCACUGCGUAAUGCACAAGGAUUGUGCCCUGAAUAUGUACAUGGACAAGAUCUGUAAACCCUGUCACAAAAAAUGUUACCGCUGUUAUGGGCCCACAGAGCAUGAUUGCCUUAGCUGCAAUCACAAUCACUUUUUACUCAAUACAACAUGCGUUGACACAUGUCCAGAUGGCUACUACACAGACCAGAAUAGACGUCAAUGUUUUGCUUGUCACAAAAGCUGUGAAAUCUGCAAUGGGAGGUCGAGCACACAGUGCCUCACCUGUAAAGCAAACUGGUACAGACUGAACUUGAUGUGCGUCAAGACUUGUGGAUCUGGGCAUUUUGCAAAUGAAUCAAGUGGCGUUUGUGAAAACUGUCAUGCAAGCUGCAAAGAAUGUUGGGGUCCAGGUGAAACAGAAUGUCUAAGUUGUCAGGACAAUAAUUUCCUGAUGAAAUCAGAAAACAAAUGCUUUCCAUCAUGUCCAGAACAAUACUAUGAAAAUAAAUGGGAGCAAGCUUGUGAACGGUGCCACCCGAGUUGUAAAACCUGUGAUGGUAAGGGACCUAUUCGAUGUACUUCCUGUUAUUGGGGCUUCCAGAUGUAUGGAAGUAUCUGCAGUUCUCAGUGUUUUGCCGGAGAAUACCUGCUGUCCGAGGACCCAGAAACACAGUGCGAGAAAUGUCAUGACACUUGUCUGGAGUGUAAAGGACCAGGACCUAAUAACUGCACAGAUUGUCAUCUCGGUCUCUUGAUAAAUCUUGCUGAUGGCAAGUGUUUAAACUGUUGCAAAUCUGCUCUGCCGGAUUUUGAAGAUUGCUGUGAUUGUGACAUGAGUUUUGAUGAAUGUGUUUUAAGAAAAGCAGUUGUUGUUCCAGAUGAAACAGGGGGAGGCAAACCUGCAUUAUUUGCUGUUGUCUCAGUGCUACUCAUUAUGGGUAUUGGUAUUGGUAUCUUCCUUCUGCUAAAGACCCGUUCAAAAUCAAAACCCAUUAACAGAGGGAAAUAUGAGAAACUGCCCAAUCAAGCCAAAUCCAUCCCCGUUUAUAAUGCAAGCAAGGACAGUGUUAGCUUUCGAGAGACUCAAGCAACUGAGUAUAAAGAUCAUCAGGAUGAAAUAUAUGACGAAGAGGAUGAUGAUGACAUUGUCUACAUGGGCCAGGAUGGCACUGUUUACCGAAAAUUUAAGUAUGGACUGUUAGAUGAUGAUGAUGAUGAUGAACUAGAAUAUGAUGAUGAAAGCUACUCCUUCAGAUAAAACAACACUAAUUGCAUUUUCUUCCGUACUUAUUAAUGAAAUUCUCUACUUAUUCCAUGCACUUAAUAUCCCAUCAAUUGAAGAUACUGAAAGACUAUGUUUUUCUGGGAUCAAUGUCUGACAACUUUCUGUUUCAAACAAUGCACUGACAAAC